AUGCAAGUGAAUACUGAAGAUGUUACUGUGCCAUGGGGUAGGGUACCAGAUUCCCUGGAUAUACAGAUGGGUCGCUGGCGCAUGGCAGUAUUUCAGGAUGUUCAAGAAAGUUUUGAUCACUCCAAGCUGUAUUUCCUCUACGAUCCGGUUGCAGAUGAAAAUUCAGGAACAACUGGUGGGCGCAAAGGCAACCAAGGUUUGGUCAUUUUCGAUUUGUAUCAGCGCUGCUUUACUCGGGAAAUACCCAUCUUUUGUGAAGGAACACCUAAAUUUAUAUUUGCAUUGAAGUGUCCGUCAUCUUCCGGAGGUUCCUCAUUUAUCAUUACCUGUACCGCCAAUAGAUAUGGUCAUACUGGGUUAUUACUCUAUAGAAUUAAUUUAACACGUGAUGGGAUGAAUUUGGAAAGCGGACCAAGAGCACUGUUGUCAAAUUUUAUAACAGUCACUGAUACAUUCAUCGUUUCGAUGCGUGAAGAUGCACCUGAAGUUGUGCUGAUGACUGCUCCUGGUCUUACUGUUUGGCGAAUCAGUUGUCUCACCGAACUGCCUUCCAGCCCAAUCGAAUCAUUUUCAGUCUCAGGGGCAGACCUCAAUCAUUAUUAUGAUGCUUACCUAAGCCAAGGGAAAAUAUAUUUUCUGUCUCAGUCACCUGAUGGACAUUUCGAUCAUUCUCGAGUCCACGUUCUUGAAAUCACAGGACAGCGUAAGUUACAUACAGUAAUGUGUAGUCCUGAUCCUGUGCGUGGUGCACCAUGCGCUCGUAAGCAGGCUGCUAUUGAUUCAGUGGCAGGAUACAUUUUACUUGCUGGUGGCGAGAUCAGUUAUGAUGGCUCGGUAUCUCGUCUUGUUGAUUAUUGGUUUGUUGAUCUUUCAACUUUCAUAUGGCAACAAAUUCCUGCAGAAAUGCCAAUUCCUUUGAUUGAACCACGCCUUACGGCCACAAAUUCAGGAAGCAUUUAUUUGUGGGGUGAUUUUGAUCAGCCAAUGCCAGGUAUGCCAAACGGAACACAUCUGCGUAUUCUGAAAAUAACCGGAUUUGGAAGCAUUAAACCACCUCCUUAUGACGAAGCAUCCAAAAAACCUACUUCACCUCCGUUUAUUCCACAAGAGCCGUAUCCAACGAACCCUGUAGAUGGAUCAUUUCCAUCAUAUCCAAGUCUUGGUUUUAUGCCGGGUAGGAACACGUCGAGUAUGGCUCCUUAUCCACCAAGUAAUUCUUCCCAUCCACAAAAUAAUUUCUCGUACUCACCAAAUCAACCCUUUUGUCCAUCAGGACAAGCAACAUAUCCUCAAGAGCAACAGCGACAGUGUUACCCGGAGUCGGCACCUUAUUCUCAGAAUCGUCAGAGCACUUAUCAAGACGGUACGCCGCAGCAGACGUGCGGUAUUGCUCCUGGGCCGUUUAGUGGUCAGCAUGCUUAUUAUCCUCCACAGGAAAAGCAGAACUGCUGUCUUCAGUGA